ACAACCCCCAUUCUGUCAGAUCCUUAUAUACUGUCUAUGGUCAGAUCUAGUCCAAACUAGACUGAGAGUGGACGUGCUAUUUCCACAAAGGGGGAACAGACAUCUAGCUACUACUAGCCUAACAACCCGUGCCUGUAGCCGCGUUGCGUCUUUGCUUUAGCCCAAUCCAACCAACUCUGAAUUCGCAUUAAAUAUGUCUAAUAUCGUUUGCUGUCAAACGCCUCAGGUUAUAAUGUAUGACCAACACAGAAUACGUACAACUCUAUAGCCAACGGGAUCCCGAGGACUUGAUUACAGUCGCUUCAAGCCUGAUAGUUUGUCCGUGCGGCUGCUCCCCUUCUCCCUGCUGCUCACGGCCAUUUAGUCAACUGGCAUUUCUUCUAACAACUUCCCAUCCCUCUUCUUGGGUGAAGAAAACUUGAGUUCCACUGUGAUCUCAGUCUGCUUUGCCUGUUGCCUACCUUCGGUUCUACUCUCAGCAGUGUUGCUUCCCUGGAUUUGCAUUAUUCUCUAUUAGGCAUAAUAUCAAAAUUCACCAAGAUGAUUCCAAACGGCUAUUUGAUCUUUGAGGAUGAGAGUUUCCUGGAUUCCACCGUGGCCAAAAUGAACGCUCUGAGAAAGAGUGGUCAGUUCUGUGAUGUUAGACUGCAGGUGUGUGGUCAUGAGCUGAUGGCUCACCGUGCUGUUCUGGCUUGCUGCAGUCCAUACCUGUUUGAGAUCUUUAAUAGUGACGUUGAGACUCACGGAGUCUCUCAUGUCACUUUUGAGGACUUGGACCCAGAGGCUGUGGAGAUCUUGCUCAAUUACGCCUAUACUGCCCAGCUAAAGGCAGACAAGGAACUGGUCAAGGAAGUUUACUCUGCAGCCAAAAAGUUCAAGAUGGAGCGAGUCAAACAGAUUUGUGGCGACUACCUGCUGUCUAAAAUGGAUUCCCAGAGCGCCAUCUCUUUUCGGAACUUUGCCAGCUCUAUGGGAGAUGUCAGAGUUUUGGCCAAGGUGGAUGCCUUCAUCCAGGACCAUCUACUGGAAGUGUCUGAACAGGAAGACUUCCUCAAACUUCCCCGCCUCAAGUUAGAAGUAAUGCUAGAAGACAACCUGACCCUGCCCAGCAAUGGCAAGCUCUACUCGAAGGUGCUCAACUGGGUGCAGCGUAGCCUUUGGGAGAAUGGCGACCAACUGGAACGACUGAUGGAGGAGGUGCAAACGCUGUACUACUCACCUGACCAUAAGCUGGUGGAUGGAGGGCUGGUGAUUGAUGGGCACAGUGAGAUGUUUGGUGGCGAGGAGGACCACCUUCAGUUUGUGCAGAAGAAACCCGUACGUGAGAGCACCCAGAGACAGAUGAGCUGCAGCUCCUCAGGAAGCCUGUCGCCCUCCAACCAAGCAGCAAAUGCCCAGAAACAGACCGGCAGGAGAGAGUGGAAGUACAUCGCCUCUGAGAAGACCACAAACAACACCUACCUGUGUCUGGCUGUGCUGGACAGUGUGUUGUGUGUGAUCUUCUUGCACGGUCGCAGCAGCCCUCAGACCUCUCCCUCUGCCACCCCCUGCCUGAUGAAGAGCCUCAGCUUCGAGGCCCAGCCCGAGGAGCUGGAGGAGCAGCCGCUCUCACCCAUGCAUUACGCUCGCUCUGGCCUGGGCACCGCAGCCCUUAACGGAAAACUCAUUGCAGCAGGAGGGUACAACAGAGAAGAGUGUCUGAGGACUGUGGAGUGUUAUGACCCCAAAGAGGACCGCUGGACCUUCAUUGCUCCCAUGCGGACUCCAAGGGCUCGAUUUCAGAUGGCUGUGCUCAUGGGUCAGCUGUACGUGAUUGGAGGAUCAAAUGGACAUUCUGACGAGCUGAGCUGCGGGGAGACGUACGAUCCACAUGCUGACGAGUGGGCUCAAGUGCCAGAGCUGAGGACCAACCGCUGCAAUGCAGGUGUCUGCUCAUUGAACAACAAACUCUUUGUUGUGGGAGGGUCGGACCCCUGCGGGCAGAAGGGCCUGAAGAACUGUGACGCUUUUGACCCGGUGACCAAAACCUGGUCCAACUGUGCCUCCCUUAACAUCAGGAGGCACCAGGCAGCAGUGUGUGAGUUGGAGGGCUUCAUGUACGUGAUUGGAGGGGCGGAGUCGUGGAACUGCCUGAACACUGUGGAACGCUACAACCCUGAGAACAACACCUGGACCCUGAUAGCCCCCAUGAAUGUGGCUCGCAGGGGGGCCGCCGUUGCUGUCCAUGCAGGCAAACUGUUUGUCGUUGGCGGCUUCGAUGGCUCCCACGCGCUUCGCUGUGUGGAGGUGUACGACCCCGCCCGCAACGAGUGGAGGAUGCUGGGUAGCAUGACCUCUUCCCGCAGCAAUGCAGGCGUGGCCAUCCUGGGAGAAACCAUCUACGCUGUGGGCGGCUUCGAUGGAAACGAGUUCCUCAACACGAUGGAAGUGUACAACCUCGAGACAGACGAGUGGGACGACUGCACCAAGGCCCUGUCUCCCCUCUCCGACUAAAGAGGGGGAAGACGAGGAGGAGGAGGAGGAGGAGGAGGAGGAGGAGGAAGGGAGUUGGGGAGUUUCACAGUGCUUCACCUUUUCCAAACUAACAGGCUUAGUGACGUAAUCGUGUUUCGUGAUGUUCUGUAUGUGUGUGUAUGAGCGGAUACGUGUGGGUGGGGUUAGGGGUUGUUGGGAUGAGGGGUCUUCAGUGAAGGCUGGCUUAUAUUUGGA